AGUCUGUUGCUGAUUUGGAUGUCCAGAAAUGAGAAAAUAGACAGAAAUCCCUGAUAAGGGGUGUGGGUGGUGCAGCUGGAGAGGAGAAAUGGUGUUUUCCAGUCAUGAUGGUGAUCUUUUACAGCACACCUUUUUCCACUGAACACAAUCACCUGUGCCACAUUUUAACAAUGAAACCACAAAGCUGCAAGGAAACUAUUAUCAGUGGGUUAAUCCCUUACAGGCUCAUUUUUAACACAGGGAAAUGUGAUUUCUUCUUCUCAGCUGCCCCGAGCACUGCCCCAUGCAGCAUCCAGCCUUCUUAUCUGCUGCUGUUAGACAAAAAAUAUCAGCCAACAGCAAUGUGUUUCUAAUUGGUUGCAACUCUUAAUUUACUUACUGGAAUUUAGCUAUGGAGGAAAUUUGUGUUGGAGAAAGCUUGCUGAAAUUAUUAGUUCCAUUUACCUGCAGAAUAAAACUUGUGUAAUGGCUUGGCCCUUGAGAUACUUGAAUACUGCUCCUGUAUUUUUAGGGAUGAAACAGAAAUCUGGAAUUAUGUCAGGCAGGGAGCUUGCAUUGAAACUCUCACUGAGGCAGCAAAAAAAUCUGCACUGGUUUUAACAGAGAUAGAGUCUUUUUUUAAGAGCAUUUUUUCCCCCAUUGCUGCUUGUAAGAUGCUAGGAUCGGAACAGUGCUGGCAAUACAAUGAUGCUUCAUUUGUUGCUAAGCAGUGCUUGCUCACAGUCAUAGGCUGUUUAUUGUGCUUCCACACCAGCAAGGAGGCUGGUAGAGCAACAGAGGCUGGGAUGGAACACAGCUGGCCCCAGUUAACCAAAGGGAUGUCCCCUAUGUGUUUGUGCUCAGCAAUAAAAGCCUUGGGGAAAAAGAGGAAGUGGGUCGUUUAGAGUGAUACCAUUACAUGUAAUGAGCUCUGCUUCCCUGGAAGUACAUGGCCAUUUGCCCUCUGAUGGGAAAACCUGAAUUCUCUCCUCCAUCCUACUGUGAACAGAGUGAAUGAGUGGCUGUGUGACGCUGAGCUGCUGGCCUCGGUCACUGGGGGACAAACGUUACACUCACACAAUCAGAGGAAUUAUACAGCAAGAAACCUGUGUUGUACCAGCCUCCUGCUCUGGUGACAUGAGUGAACAGGUGGAGGAAAAUGACAAGAAAAGCAGCAAUGUCAAGAAAACAUCUGCAGAAGAAUCUGCCUGUCCUGACGCAGACUCCAUUACAGCACAACAACGGCAAAAAGUGAACAAGGAACUAAAACACUUAGACUUUCAGAAUCCAGGACCUCAGAUAGCUAACUUCAAUCCUGAAACUAGACAGCAGAGGAAAAAAGCAUGCAUGUCAGAGAUGAAACAAGUCUGUUUCAAUAAGCCCAAAACUCUGAAGAAGUACAACAGUCGUGGCCGGCUGCUUGGUACUAACAUUGAUUUGUGUGACUGCCUGGACAAGAAGUGCUUGGGUUGCUUCUAUCCUUGCCCCAAAUGCAACUCAAAUAAGUGUGGGCCGGAAUGUCGCUGCAAUAGGAAGUGGGCUUACGAUACAAUUGAGAGUGAAGAUGGGAAUGUGAUCAGUUCUUUCCCAUUUCCUACUGACCCCUGAUUUUGUUUCAGUAGCUUUGUAACUGUGCAAAGUUCUUCUUUCUUCAUGUUCAUACUACAUUACUUAUGUAAUUUAUGUUCAUACUACAUUAGUUAUGAAUAGUAACGUUUACUGUAGCUUCUCCUUCAAUACACUAUUCACAAUGUUAGAAACACCGCGAUGUUAGAAUAAAUUACACCUUUCAGCAGA